AUUGAGCUUAUUCUCGCUCGCUUUCCGUGGAAACGCAAGCUUACCCCACCCCGCUUUCGGACCUCUGUAACCACCACCAUCCCACCUCGCAAGCUCCCCUGGUCGCUUGUCUCACAGUCGUCCAGUCUUGCGCCCAACCAUUGUAGCUCUCGGCCAUCCGUUAGUCGUACACCGCUCUCUUUCCCGGCCCUCGCCAUCCCAUCCCAACCACGCCUGCUGCUACCUACCUGGCCUCCGUGCCUCCCUGGUGGAGCCGAGAAGGCCGUGUGCCUGGUUGGAGCUGGCUGUGCCCCACUUGCUCUGUGCCCGCUGAGAUACAAAACUGCCCUUCCACCUCGAUCCCAAUCCCCUUCUGCCUCUCGUCUCUCGUCCCUCAUCUCCCUUCUCCUCUUGUUUCUUCCCCCGUCUUGCUCCAUCUCACUCCGCCGGGGAGACUGAACGCAAAGAAAACACCACAAAGCUACCAGUUGCCGGACAACAAAACUGCCCAGCAUGGUUCAGUCAGCAAUCCUCGGUUUCCCCCGCAUGGGUGUCAACCGUGACCUGAAGAAGGCCACGGAAGCCUACUGGGGUGGCAAGAUCUCGCAGGAUGAGCUCCUGGCCGAGGCCAAGAGGCUGAGGCUCGCACAUUGGAAGAUCCAGAAGGAUGCCGGUGUCGACAGCAUCCCCAGCAACGACUUUGCCCUGUACGACCAUGUCCUUUCCCACAUCCAGGACUUUGGUGCUGUCCCCGAGCGCUACUCUAGCUCCAAACUGAACCCCGUCGACGAGUACUUCGCCAUGGGCCGUGGCCACCAGAAGGACGGUGUCGAUGUUCCCAGCUUGGAGAUGGUCAAGUGGUUUGACUCCAACUACCACUACGUCAAGCCGACCCUGCAGAACAACCAGACCUUCAAGCUGACGGCCAACCCCAAGGCCGUUGCUGAGUUCAAGGAGGCCAAGGAGGCUGGCAUUACCACCCGCCCUGUCCUGGUUGGACCCGUGUCCUUCCUUCACCUGGCCAAGGCCGACCGCGACCAGACCGUCGACCCCAUUGACCUGCUUGACAAGCUGGUCCCCAUCUACGAGGACCUGCUCACUCAGCUGAAGGCCGCCGGCGCCGAGACGGUCCAGAUCGACGAGCCCGUCCUCGUCUUCGACCUGCCCGCCAAGGCCAAGGCUGCCUUCAAGCCCACGUACGAGAAGUUUGCCAGCCUGGGCGACAAGAUCCCCAAGCUGGUCUUUGCCACCUACUUUGGCGACAUCGUUCACAACCUCGAGGCCGUCCCCAAGGACAUCUAUGCCGUCCACGUCGAUCUCGUCCGUAACCCUGAGCAGCUGGAGGCGGUCGUCGGUGCCCUGGGCUCCAAGACUAUCCUGUCCGCCGGUGUCGUUGAUGGCCGCAACAUCUGGAAGACCAACUUCAAGCGCGCCAUUGAGACCGUUGAGAGCGCCAUCCAGAAGCUCGGCAAGGAGCGUGUCAUCGUCGCCACCUCGAGCUCUCUCCUCCACACACCCCACACCCUGGCCAGCGAGAAGAAGCUUGACGCUGAGAUUGCCGACUGGUUCUCGUUCGCCUCGGAGAAGGCUAUCGAGGUUGCCAUCAUCGCCAAGGCUGUGACUGACGGCCCUGCUUCGGUGCGCGAGCAGCUUGAGGCCAACGCCAAGUCGAUGCAGGCCCGUGCCACCUCGGCCCGCACCAACGACCCAAAGGUCAAGGAGAGGCAGUCAAAGAUCGUCGAGUCCGACUACAACCGCAAGUCGGAGUUCCCCGUUCGCAUUGCGGCGCAGCAGAAGAAGCUGAACCUGCCCCUGUUCCCCACCACCACCAUUGGCUCGUUCCCCCAGACCUCGACCAUCCGCGCUCAGCGUGCCAAGCUCACCAAGAAGGAGAUCUCGACUCAGCAGUAUGACAAGUUCAUUGAGGAGGAGAUCGAAAACAACGUCAAGAUUCAGGAGGAGCUGGGCCUGGACGUCUUUGUUCACGGUGAGCCCGAGCGCAACGACAUGGUGCAGUUCUUUGGCGAGCGUCUUGAUGGCUACGCCUUCACCACCCACGCCUGGGUUCAGAGCUACGGCUCGCGCUGCGUGCGGCCUCCCAUCAUCGUCGGCGACAUUUCUCGCCCGGCCCCUAUGACUGUGAAAGAGAGCAAGCACGCCGUAAAAGUGUCAAAGAAGCCGAUGAAGGGCAUGCUGACGGGCCCCGUCACGUGCCUGCGGUGGUCGUUCCCUCGUGACGACGUUCACCAGUCGGUUCAGGCCGAGCAGCUCGCCCUGGCUCUGCGCGACGAGGUUGUCGACCUCGAGAAGGCCGGCAUCGAUGUCAUCCAGGUCGACGAGCCGGCUCUGCGUGAGGGUCUGCCGCUGCGCUCUGGCAAGGAGCGUGAUGCCUACCUCAAGUGGGCCGUCAAGGCCUUCAAGCUGUCGACCUGCGGUGUUGAGGACCCGACCCAGAUCCACUCGCACUUCUGCUACUCGGAGUUCCAGGACUUCUUCCACGCCAUCGCUGCCCUCGACGCCGAUGUUCUGUCCAUCGAGAACAGCAAGUCGGACGCCAAGUUGCUCAAGGUCUUCGUCGAGGAGGCCUACCCCCGCCACAUCGGCCCGGGUGUAUACGACAUCCACUCCCCGCGUGUCCCCAGCGAGCAGGAGAUCAAGGACCGCAUCGAGGAGAUGCUCCAGUUCCUCAAGCCGGAGCAGCUUUGGAUCGACCCCGACUGCGGUCUCAAGACGCGCCAGUGGAAGGAGACCAAGGAGGCACUCCAAAACAUGGUCAACGCCGCCAAGUACUUCCGCGCCAAGUACUCCAAGUAAAUAAGACUUGGUUAAAGCAAGGCUUGCCCCGCUUUCUUCUCUUCGUGUGUAGAGAUUUUUCACGUUUUCUUAGGGCGAGGAUACUACCCCCUUAUUUCGCUUCUCUUUUCAUGUCUUCUUUUUGGGAUUUCGGCAAACGACUUCAACAGCGGCGUUUUACCAUUUCAUCUUUGGGACUAGCGUUGGUCAAACAUAUGAGACAAAAGUAGAGGGUCUCCGGGAAAUCGGUGUUUUGGCGGUUGGGAGCGGUUUUAACAACGGCGAAAGGGGAGGGGAUUCAACAUAUCAGAGGGAUUACAGAAAAGUCCGGAGACCUCUAGGGAUAUCGCCCAUCAACCGGGCAUCCCGCUAACGAUCAUACCCGCAUUGCUUUGAAUUUCAAUCAAUAAUGCAACAUUACGAAUGCGUUUCGCCAGAAAUAUCUUGCCCG